AUGGAGAGUUCGGCAGCAGCAGGCAGCGCGUUCAUGCUCAGCGCCAACUCCAUCAUCCCCAGUCUAGAGGCAAAGCAAGACAGGAACUUGGAGAGGAAAGAAAUGGAGCAGGGAAGGUGCGGGUCUGACUGGAGACGUGCAGAGGCCAAUGCUGCCAGCAGCACUGUCAGAGAUGGAGUCAGGAUGGACACAUUGCAAGAACAAAUGGAGUGUUCUGAAAGUGAAAAAUGCACAAAUGUCAGUUCAAGGACCCUUCCCAGUCAAGCAGAGAAUUUUCCGACUGACAUCUCCUUGAAGUUAAUGAUGGUAAGACGAAAGAGUGGAUGUCCUGAUCCCAGACUCCAAGGACAACUCAGAGGGCAGCUCCGUCUUCUGGAAAAUGACAGCAGGGAGGUGAUGGCAGUUUUCAGUGAGCUCUCUGCCAGGCUGCUGUCUAUUCAUAGUGAUCAAGACCUAAUUGUGGUGACGUUUAAAACUUUUGAAGAAAUAUGGAAGUUUCUAACCUACCACUCACUGGGUUUUAUAAAUCAUUGCAUGGAGAAUUUAUUCCUGGAUCAAUCUUUCUGGCUUUAUUCUCAAGAGGAAGAAGAAACAGGCAUUGAAGUCUGUAUAAAUGAAAAAUCAUUAAAUUUGAUGUACAGAAGCCUGCUAGUACAGGAAGGGGCUUUUUUUGCUUUAUGUCCUGGCAAUCUGAUAAGAAAGAUAAUGGCUACAGACAAUGAAAUAAACACUUAUUUUGAGACUGGGGCUUUUACUGAAGAUGUAACAGGUGGAUCUGUGGAUGGUGACAUGACCGUGCUGUCUAACACUUCUCUGGAGCCAUUGAUCCCUUUUCAUCAAUGGUUUCUUAAAGGGUAUUCUAAUCCUAUUGACUUUACAUACAAAAAUGAAUCUAAAUCCAUCAGGAAAGUUGCAAUGGGAUCCUGUCUAGCUGUGAUGAAUUAUGAAAGUAUUGUGUUGGAAGAGAUGAGUUUCCAGGAAGGGGACAAAAUUGAUAUCCUUGGCUACUUCAUUGAAUGCAUGGAAUGGUUCCUUGGAAGACAUGUGUUUACUGGCCAAAUAGGUUUUGUGAAGACAUGUCAUGUUAAACUGGACUUAUCUAAAAAUACACCACAAGACUUAGAUUUUCUUGAAGCAGAAGAGCUAUCUUUUUUUUCAAAAGAAAAAAACUUGGAAGAAGUGAUACAUUUGUUGAAGCAAACCACCAUCACAGAUGUUUGCUCUGUGUAUCGAAUAGACCAAUUAGAAGAACCAGAAUGUGAAAUUCCAUGUUCACAUCCUAGCACAGGAUCCAUUAGCAAGAAUGGCAAGAUAGAAGAAUUCCUGAAGAACUUCAAGAACUUGGGGGCAACUCAGGCAGAAGAGCCAGCUACUGAAGGAAAGGAUUCUGCUAGCUCUCCAAACACAGAAAUCUUUCCUCCACCUGAAGGACCUUGCUUCCACAUACAUCAAGAUGAUGUUCAAGCAUCUGACAUCUUUGAGUCGUUGUUACUCUUCUUAAAUAGGAAGGAGUAUGAGAGAAACUUCAAAAACCUGUAUGAUUUCUCUUAUCCAUUUAUCAAUAGCAUGUUUUAUGGAUUUUCAGAAGAAGAAGAACUAGUUAGCUUUCUUAGACUAGCAAGGGAAGCGGCAAAGAGAGCAGGUAUGUCCUGGGCGCUAGCAAGACUAUGCUUUCUCCUAGGCAGGCUCAGUGUUAAAAAGCUGAAGUUUUCCCAAGCUCGGGUGUAUUUUGAGGAAGCGUUGGGAGCAGUAGCUGGAGGGUUUAGUGAUUUGUACUUCGUAAUUGCUCUUUAUACAAAUCUAACAGUCAUCUACUUGACACAGAAGAACAAAGAAAAAUGUGCUCAUGUUUUUGACAAGGCUACAUCUCUUCUCAUGGGAAUUCCCAACUACAUUUGCAGUGCUGACCUGGAGUCAGAUAUUCUAAAGUAUGCUCUGAAGAGGACAAUUUUGAGCCAGAACAAACAUGCAGAGGCAAGGGCAUGCUUUCUCCUGGCAAAACAUUACAGUGUACACAAACAGCAUGAAGAGGCACUACCAUUCUUGGAAAGGUUUCAACUGUUGCUUAAUGACUUGGGUUUACAAAACAACUUAUCAAACAACUGUUAUUUCAAACUCGCAGAGUCCUACAAUGAAAAGUGUUUGCCGCACAUUGUAUUAAGUUGCAUAAAGGUCACCUCUUCCCAGAGCUCCAGUGCUUUAACGGAUUCCUUGAAAAGGAUUGAUUUAGUUAUCAAAAAUGCUCCCAAGCUCUAUGGCCUGAGGAAACUUAGACAAAUACUCCCAUCCCAAAUUGCACCUUACCUCAUGCAAGCACUUUCCUCUGUGUUUACUAAGGAGCAGCAAGGGCUAUGCAGCACUAUCUGUCUUAGCCUAGCAAAACUGUACAGCCACCACAAACGGUAUGGAAAAGCCAUUGUUUACAUGACGAAAGCACUGGACUCUGAUGUUUCUGCUAAGCCAGAGGAAACCAUUAACUAUUUGGUUUCACUCGCUUGGUUACACGUUCUUUACAGGCAAUAUGAUGUGGCUUUAGCCAUUUUAAAUGCUGUUGUAGACUCUUCAUGGAGCAACCCCCAACAACGAGGCAUUGCUUAUAAUAUGCUUGCUAUUGCUUUGAAAAGAACAAACAAUAGAAAAGAAGCUGCUGAGAGCUACUACAAAGCACUGCGUCUUUCAGAAGAGACCAGUAUGACCCAUAACCAAGCCAUAGCCCUGGCUAAUUUUGGGGCACUCUGCCUGCAUGCAGCUGCCAGCAAGCUGGCAGAACACUAUUAUAUCAGGGCAGUGAAGCUAUUCUCCAAACUUCCAAGUAUGGACUGUGGCCAAGACUUUACCCAAGUCCUCCUUCAGUUGGGAUGUUACUAUGUUGGUGGAACUCAAAGAGAAAAAGGAAGAUUUUAUUAUGAAUGGGCUUUUUUAGUUGCAAUGGAGACAAGUCAUCUGGAAAGUCAGCUACAAGCAAUUAAACUGCUGUGUCAGUUCUACAGUACAGUUGUUCCCAAUGAGGCUCAGUGUGUCAUAUACAAUGAAUAUCAACUAUCUUUAGCUAGAAAGAUGUCCAACAAAGUUCUGGAGGGACAAAUUUUGGAAACCAUUAGUCAGCUCUAUUUAUCUUUAGGAACAGAAAGGGCUUACAGGUCAGCUCUGGAGUAUACCAAAAGAAGCCUUGGAAUAUUUAUAGAUCUCCAGAAAAAAGAGAAAGAGGCAUAUGCUUGGCUACGGGCAGGAAAGAUAUAUUACAUUCUGAGGCAGAAUGAGCUUGUGGAUCUUUAUAUUCAGGUAUGUUGUCAACACUUACAGGUGUGCACGUGUUGUCAACAUGGUGCAGGUGGCAUGGUAAGAAGAGUUGCUCAGAAUGCUGCUCUUUACACAGGAGAUCCAAAUUUAGGAAUGGAAUUGUUUGAAGCUGCUGGAGACAUAUUUUUCAAUGGUACUUGGGAAAAGGAGAAAGCAGUGACUUUCUACAGGGAUAGGGCUCUUCCACUCGCUGUUAAGACUGGCAACAAAACCACCGAACUCAGAUUAUGCAAUAAACUAGUGGAAUUGCUGGUGAAUCUGAAAGCUUAUGAGGAAAGUCUGGAAUAUGCAAGAGCAUCUCUUGUGCUCAGUGUAAGUUUAGGAAAUCAGCUAAAUGAACGAAUAGCUUACCAUCGGCUGGCUGCCAUCAAUCAUCAUUUGGGUCACUGUGAACUAGCGGAACACUUUUAUUUAAAGGCCUUAUCCCUCUGUUCCUCUCCUCUGGAGUUUGAGGAGGAAACACUGUAUUACGUCAAGGUGUACUUGAUCUUAGGAGACAUUAUAUUCUAUGACCUUAAGGAUCCUUUUGAUGCAGCAGGCUAUUAUCAUUUGGCACUUGCUGCUGCCAUGGACCUGGGCAAUAAAAAAGCUCAACUGAAGAUCUACACAAGACUCGCAAUCAUCUACCAUAAUUUCCUUGUGGAUCGGGAAAUGUCUCUCUUCUUCUAUCAAAAGGCAAGAACAUUCGCAACAGAGCUGAACGUUAGGAGAAUAAAUCUAGCUCCUGAUCAGUGUUAUAAGAGUUCAUAA